CGGCGCGCCACCUUGCGAAUCUGUUUGACCACGGCGUACACGCGGUACCAAACCGAAAACAACACAAACCGAUUAUUGUUAUUUUUAACGCGCGUUCGUAUUCAAUCCCGAUGUGCUCUGUAUCAGUGCUGAAGUGCUAGUGUUUGUACUGUGCUAUUUGUGGAUUACGCUAUAAACCCCAAGGAUGUGCGAGCGAUGAUGACGAUGGGCCACAUCAUGGCGGCCUUGUGGCUGGCCAACGCGCUGCUGUUGGCGGUGUCGGCGGGCGCGGAGCACGUCAGAGACCUGGAGGUGUCCGAGAGCGCGACGGCCAACACCAGGAUCGGAUACAUCGGGGACGGUGUCUCCCCGGACAGCGGACCGCCCUACCUGAUCGUUCCCGUGGGCAGUUCCGUGGACAGCGACCUGUCCAUCGACCAGAGCACCGGCGAGAUCCGGACCAAGGUGCCGCUGGAUCGCGAGUCGCACGCCAGCUACUCCUUGGUGGCCAUACCGAUGAGCGGGGACAACGUCAGGGUGCUGGUGAAGGUACUGGACGAGAACGAUAACGCUCCCACGUUCCCGACGGAUUUUAUGCUGAUCGAGUUUCCGGAAAACACACCUAGAGAUGUGAAGAGGACUUUGCAUCCGGCCAAAGAUCUGGAUUUGGAUUUGUACAACACCCAAAGGUACAACAUAGUUUCCGGCAACGUGAACAACGCCUUCAGGCUGUCUUCGCAUCGCGAACGGGACGGGGUGUUAUAUUUGGACCUGCAAAUCAACGGGUUUCUCGAUAGAGAGACAACGGACUUCUACAGCUUGGUAAUAGAAGCUCUAGACGGAGGAACGCCACCUCUACGUGGCGAAAUGACAGUAAACAUAACAAUACAGGAUGUGAAUGACAACCAACCCAUCUUCAACCAAAGCCGAUACUUUGCUACCGUUCCAGAGAACGCCACCAUAGGAACAAUAGUUCUGCAAGUGUUCGCGACUGAUAAUGACGCCGGCGAGAACGGCCAAGUGGAGUACUCGAUAAACCGAAGGCAGAGCGAUAAAGACAACAUGUUCCGCAUAGACUCGACGACGGGAAUGAUAUCAGUGAACAAACCUCUGGACUUCGAAACCAAAGAGUUGCACGAGCUGGUUAUAGUGGCGAAAGAUCAUGGACUGCAACCUUUGGAAACGACGGCUUUCGUGUCCAUCAGAGUGACCGACGUUAACGACAACCAGCCGACCAUCAACGUGAUAUUUUUGAGUGACGACGCCACGCCUAAAAUAAGUGAAUCGGCUCAACCGGGUGAAUUCGUCGCGAGGAUUUCAGUGCACGAUCCGGAUUCCAAGGCGGAGUACUCCAACAUCAACGUGACGUUGAGUGGCGGAGAUGGACACUUUGGUCUUACAACGAGGGAUAACAUUAUCUAUUUAGUGAUAGUCUCGCUGCCUUUGGAUAGAGAGUUGCAACCAAACUACACGUUGAAUGUGGUGGCAACCGACACGGGAACGCCGCCUUUGAACGCGUCCAAAACAAUCAAACUCCAAGUGACAGAUAUCAACGAUAACCCUCCGGAAUUCCAGCAGGCGGUGUACCACGCCAACGUGAUGGAAGUGUCGGAUCCGGGAACGUCGGUUCUUCAAGUGAUAGCGAGGGACAAAGACGAGGGCAACAACAGCGUGAUCUUCUACUCGCUGCAAAGCACUCCUGCCACGCACUCCGGCUGGUUCCAGAUCGACUCCAGGAGCGGCUUGAUCACCACGCGCGCCCACGUCGACUGCGAAACGGACCCGGUGCCUCGGUUGACGGUGGUGGCGGCCGAUAGCGGAUUUCCGCCGCUCUCCUCGUCCGCGACAGUGCUAGUGACGAUACACGAUGUGAACGAUAACGAACCGAUUUUCGAUCAGAGUUUCUACAACGUUUCGGUGGCCGAGAACGAAGUGGUCGGGCGAUGCAUCUUAAAGGUUUCCGCUACUGAUCCCGACUGCGGCAUAAAUGCUAUGGUCAACUACACUCUAGGAGACGGAUUUGGAAAAAUUAAGGAGUUUCAGGUCAAGUCGGACACCGGAGAAAUUUGCAUCAAGUCUGAUUUAGAUUACGAAACGAGAAACACCUAUGAAUUUCCAGUUAUAGCAGCUGAUAGAGGAGGUCUAAGCACUACGGCCAUAGUAAAAAUCCAGGUAACCGACGUGAACGACAACCGUCCGGCUUUUUACCCUCGGGAGUACAACGUUUCUCUGCGCGAAGGCGGCGGUCCUUCUUCCGCCACCGUCCCCGUGGUGGUGGUGGCGGCCACAGAUCCGGACUCGGGGAAAUUCGGCGCGGUCGCCUACAAAAUCGCCGCCGGCAACGAAGCGGGACUCUUCAGGAUCGACAGGAACACGGGAGAAAUCUUCGUGUCGAGACCUAGCUUGCUGUCGACCAGAAGCCAGCCGUAUCACAAGUUGAACAUCAGUGCCAGUGACGGCGGUAACUUGAGGUCCACCAACGACGCGGAAGUUUUCAUAAGUGUCAUCGAUUCCGCGCAGAGACCGCCCAUUUUCGAACAUCCCAGGUAUACUUUUAGUGUCAGUGAGAGUGUCAAGGAAGAUACAGUCAUUGGGAACGUCAAAGCUACUGUCAAUGACAAUGGCGAUAGAAGAAACGUCAGGUACUCAAUCUACUCCGGUGAUCCGGAUGGUUUCUUCAAGAUCGAUUCCAACUCCGGCGUCAUUCGAACAUCAUCGAAAUUGGACCACGAAACCAAAGCUUCAGUUCUGCUCAACAUCCAAGCAACAAGUGGGAUACCGCCUGUUCACGGACACACGCAGGUCAACAUUGAAAUCGAAGAUAUCAACGAUAACGCACCGGAGUUCGAAUCGGGCACCGUGCGUAUAUCGGUGCCAGAAAACGUGGACAUAAACGUGCCUUUAUACGCCGCCCAUGCGAAAGAUAAGGACUCAGGCUCUAACGGCAUAGUCCGUUACAGAAUAGCAAAUAAUAACGAGAAGUUAUUCGAGAUCGACCCCAAAUUGGGACAUCUGUCUCUGCUGAGGAAUCUCGAUUACGAGACCAAGCAGCGGCACAGUCUCGUCAUUACUGCCACCGAUAUGGGACAUCCCGCUCUGUCAUCCAACUUGACCGUCAUUGUGGAGGUGCAAGAUGUAAACGACAACCCUCCCGUGUUUGAAAGGAGCGAGUACAGUUUGCAGGUCUCCGAAUCUUUGGCUGUGAAUUCGCAGAUCUUGCAACUAACAGCUAUAGAUUCAGAUACUGGGAAUAACGCCAGAAUCACUUAUCGUCUAAUGCCUUCCAACAAUUCGGAUGAUUCUGAUGUCAAAGACAUCUUCGGUAUAUUCCCCAACAGUGGCUGGCUAUACUUGAAGGAAACUUUGGACCGCGAGAAAAAGGAUAAGUACAUCCUUACGGUGGCGGCCACGGACAACGGAACUCCUUCGGAAACGGCCGUGACGAAAGUUUACGUUGACAUCCUGGACGCAAACGAUAACGACCCUACGUUCGUCAGCGAAUCGUACGAGUUCAAAGUGGAGGAAAACUUACGACGGGGUACAGUCGUGGGAAAAAUUAAAGCCACCGAUGCAGAUGCUGGAGUCAACGCGGUUAUAAGAUACAGUCUUAUACCUAGCAAUAGCAGUUUCCAGAUAAAUGCAGCUACCGGCGAGAUCACCACCAAAGACCAGCUGGACCGCGAGCAGAGAGACUCGCACGACCUGGUGGCCGAGGCCAAAGACCAAGGCUCGCCCCCGCGAAGCGCCCGCGUGUCCCUCAAAAUCCUCGUCCAGGACGUCAACGACAACGCGCCCGAGAUCGUCGACCCUCAGGAGGACGUCGUCUCCGUGAGAGAAGAACAGCCGCCGGGCAGCGAAGUGGUCAGAGUGAGAGCCAUCGAUUCCGACAGCGGAUACAACGCUUCCAUAACCUACUCGAUUUUGAACAACAAGGAUUCCGAUGGUUACGGGGUUUUCACCAUCGACAGCGCCACCGGAUUAAUCCGUACCAGGAUGACGCUGGAUCAUGAAGAAAGAACCAUAUACAGGCUGGCCAUAGCGGCUAGUGACGCUGGGAGACCUCCAAAACAAACUGUGAGGAUGUUGAGGGUUGAGGUUUUGGAUGUCAAUGAUAAUAGACCUACUUUUACAAGCUCCAGUCUGGUGUUUAGGGUGAAAGAAGACGUCCCGAUAGGCUUUGUGGUGGGGUCGGUGGCCACUAACGACCCCAGCGAAGAAAACUCCAUCCCGGACAGCAGCCUGGGACACAUAACGUACACUCUGAACUCCCUGUCGUCGGACAGAAUUUCGGACGCUUUCGACAUCGAUCGCACCACGGGAUCUCUCGUCGUGGCCCGUACGUUGGACAGAGAGGCGCAAUCGGAGUACCGAUUGGAGGUGCGCGCUCUGGACACGAGCGCGAUGAACAAUCCGCAGAGCAGCGCUAUAACGGUGCGCGUGGAUGUGGCCGAUGUGAACGACAAUCGGCCCGAGUGGGUGGACGAUCCUGUCACCAUUCCGAUCAACGAGAACACCGAUGUCGGGAGUUCGGUGUACAACUUUUCCGCGCACGAUAAGGAUAGCGGCAGCAACGGCGAUCUGCGUUACAGUUUGGUGAAGCAGUACCCCGGCGGCAGCACUUUCGCCGUGGACACUCUCACGGGUACUCUGGUGCUGGCCGGGGCUGUGGAUUACGAGAAGAUUCAGGAGUACACUUUGAUUGUCAGGGCUACGGAUCAGAGUCUUAACGCGUCGGAGAGAUUGAGCACUAGCGUUACGGCUAGGGUUAUAAUCACGGAUGCGAACGAUAAUGCGCCGAAGUUCGUAGCGCCAUCACCUGCCGUGGUGAACCUCGACGAAAUCACCACGGUCGGUAUGAUGAUUAUACACGUGGUGGCAGUGGAUAGUGAUAGCGGCGAUAAUGGUAGAGUGACCUACAUUAUCACCAGUGGCAACGAUGAAGGUUUAUUUUCGCUGGGCUACGAUUCGGGGAUUAUAACUCUGGCAAAACCUUUGAUAGACCCGCAGAAGGCGUACACUCUAAACAUAUCGGCUACAGAUCACGGUACCCCGACCAGACACGCCAGCAUGGAGUUGAAGUUGCUGAUCCAAGGGAAUAUUGAUGACUCCCCGAAAUUCUCCAGUGCCACGUACAAAGCAAUGGUCAGUGAAGACCUACAAAUAGGCGGAUUUGUAACUCAAGUCUCUGCAAGUGCCAUAUCGAGCUACGCUGGAAACUUGUCGUUCCUUAUACCACCUGGAUUCGCUGACGACACUUUCGAGAUUACGUCCGGUGGAAAAGUGUCCACUAGGAAAUCACUGGAUAGAGAGCAAGUGGAAGAAUACACUUUGCCAGUUUACGUUACCGAUUCGACCCCAUCUGGCACAAAUUUAAUAGACGUUUCCACUGUUGUCGUAUCUUUGUCGGAUGUUAACGAUCAUGCACCCACGUUUGCACCUGGUAGUUGCUAUGGGUUAUUGGUACCAGAAAAUAGCGAAACAGCUGUGGUACAUACGGUGGUGGCUAAGGAUUUAGAUGCAGGCCGAAACGGGGAGAUUCUAUACAGCAUCACGAGCGGCAACAUUGGCAAUAAGUUCAGCAUCGAUGCCAAAUCUGGUGAUCUGACUGCUAAAUCUCUGGAUAGAGAAAGCCAUUCCAGAUAUUAUCUGACUAUUACAGCCCAAGAUCGUGGUGUGCCUUCUAUGCAGAGCUCUUGCAACAUCACUAUAUUGGUUGAUGAUCAAAACGAUAACGACCCCAAGUUUGAUUCGCCCAAAUAUUCAAGCACAAUUCUGGAAGAUGUCGCCAUUGAUACGUCGGUUUUGAAGGUCAGCGCGUUUGAUAUGGAUAUUGGUGUCAACGGGAGGAUUAUCUACUUUUUAGCCAAUGAGAGUCAAUGGUUAUUUCGUAUUGAUAACAAAACUGGGGUCAUCACCACUGCAGGGAUGUUUGAUAGAGAGCGGCAAAGUGAAUACAACUUCCUCGUUGUGGCCACAGAUGGCGGUAAAUACAACGCUAGAUCGUCAAGAGUGCCGAUCUCCAUACGAAUAAGCGACGUGAACGAUAAUAAUCCGAUUUUCGUUAGUUACCCUUUUAGAGAGAAGAUAGCUGCUUACACGCAGCCAGGACAAACCAUAGUACGGGUACUGGCAAAGGAUGCCGACCAAGGCACGAAUUCGGAAAUAGUGUACAGCUUGAAGAACGAGGAAUCGUACGGGAAAUUCCGCAUAAACCCGAACUCGGGAGUUAUAACAGCAACGCAGACCCUCGCAAGCGACGUGGGGAAGGUUAUAUACCUCAACGUGGUGGCCACGGACAAAGGCAACCCUCCUAAAAGUUCUUCAGGGUUGGUCGAAAUCAUAGUAGGUGAACUACCUGCGGGCGCUCCCCAAUUGCGUUUCCAAAACGAAACCUACGAAGUCACCAUACCGGAAAACUCCGAUCAAUUCCGCGAUAUAAUACAAGUAUCGGCGGUCAAAACCGACGGAAGAAGACAUAGAAUACACUAUUCCUUCGGUACCGGUAACGAGGAGAAUAUUUUCGUUAUAAACUCCGAAACCGGUAUGAUACAAGUUCGAGAUCCAAAAUACUUGGACUACGAGCUGCACAAAGAGAUCCAUCUUGUUAUAGAAGCUAAAGCCGAUAAUCCAGUGCUGCACGGUUACUGCCACGUCAAAAUAAAGUUGACGGACCAAAACGACAACGCCCCGAAAUUCACGCAGCAGCAGUAUUCGGCCGCGGUUUGGGAGGGCGACAGGAAGGGGGCGUUCGUUCUGCAAGUGGUAGCUUUCGACGCUGACGAGGGUCAAAACUCGAGAACUCUCUACCACAUCGUCGACGGAAAUCACGACAACGCCUUCAAAAUAGAGCCCGCUUUCAGCGGAACGCUCAAAACGAACAUAGUCUUGGACAGAGAAAUCCGGGACAACUACAGACUGACGGUGAUAGCGACCGACGAGGGCGUCCCGCAAAUGACCGGCACAGCGAGGAUACGAAUCAACGUGGUGGACGUGAACGACAACCAACCCACUUUCCCGCCGCACAGCAUCAUUACAGUCAGCGAGGACACCAAAAUUGGCACUGCACUCACUACAGUAACAGCCAAUGAUGUGGACACCAACCCCCCUCUAACGUACAGCUUCUCGAAGCAGAGCGAUAGAAACUAUUUGGACUACUUCAGCAUCGACCGGUACAGCGCUAAAGUUAUCCUGAAGAAACCUUUGGACUACGAAACGAUGCAGGAGUUCAGAUUGAAGAUAGAGGCGUCCGAUACAGCCUACGUAGCUCAAACCACACUGACAAUCAAAAUAACCGACGUCAACGAUAAUCCGCCGGUGUUUACCCAGAAUUACUACCAAACCAGCAUGCCGGACACUCACUACGCCGGUUACACCGACAUCCUGUCUCUCAACGCCACCGACGACGAUUUCGGAGACAACGCCAAAGUCACCUACUCGAUAUUCAACCCAAUAUCCGGUUUCACCAUUGGUACAAGUGAUGGUAUACUACGCGCCAACGUUUCCAAUGUCUCCACGAUAACCAAUGACGUGCAGCUGACUAUACAAGCUACGGACUCUGGGACGCCUCGAAAGCAUUCUUUUUCUUCGGUCAAGGUUAAAAUCAGCGGAGGAUCUUCGCCGAUAUGCUCUCACAAAGGAAACGAGUACAAUGUUAAUAUUCUGGAGAAUACACCCAAAGGAACCACAAUUCUUCACUUAGACAACGCGAAACAAUUCAGGAACCUCAGGAUAACCGAAGGCAACGAGGACAACGUUUUUGAAGUAUCGAACCCGACAGGCGGCCUUAUAAUCAUCAAAACUCUGGACCGAGAAGCCGCCGAGGUGUACCACCUCAAACUGACCAGCGAUUACGAUCGCUCUAACGCGACCGCAAUCAAAAUUCGGGUCACCGUGGACGACGUGAACGAUAACGCGCCGGUGUUCAAGCAAGUCGACAGCGAGAUCUCCAUAAGCGAAGGCACCGCCGUUGACACGCAAAUACAAAAGUUCGAGGCGACGGAUGCCGACCUGCCCAGAAGCAAAAACUCGGAUAUUGCGUACGACAUCACCUCGGGAAACGACGAUGGGUUGUUCCGGCUGGACCCGGAAAGUGGCGGUUUGUACGUCAAUAGAACCCUCAACUAUGACGAAGGCAGCGUCGAGUACCACUUCGUUGUGAGGGCUUGCGACAAGGGCGAUCUACCGCUGUGCACGCUGAACACCUUCCGAGUUAUCCUCGAAGACGUCAACGAUAACGCGCCAAAGUUCCCGGUGUCGGAGUACUUGGAGUUUGUGGGGGAAAACGAACCGUCUGGCACUGUGGUGUUCACAGCCCACGCUACAGAUAAGGAUAAAGGUCCGUUUGGCACUCUGAACUACUCCAUAAUAUCGCCGACGGUCUACAACGGUUUGGACGAUUCCUGGAAGCUAUUCAACAUCGAUUCGAGCACCGGAGUCAUAUCAACGAACUCGGUGUUCGAUUACGAACAAAAAAAUCGUUACAUUUUCAUGAUUAAAGCGUCCGACAUAGGCGGGAAGGAAUCCACAGUAAAAGUGCGCGUCGAAGUGGAAAGCAAGGAUGAAUUCCACCCGCAAUUCACCGAAAGAACUUACCGUUUCGUCUUGGCAACAUCAGUCAAUUUACCUGUUGGUUAUGUGGUUGGAAAUGUGGUGGCCACGGAUCGGGAUAAAGGCCCCGAUGGGCGCGUUGUUUACCAGUUAACCACCCAACAUCCUUACUUCAAGAUCAACAGGACUUCCGGGGCCGUUUUGGUGAAGAAAAAGUUCACCAAUAACGAUCUGCCUGUCAUGGGGAAAGAGAUCAGUUUGGUGGUGACGGCUAGUUCCGGCAGGCAAGGUUCUCUCACCAACAUGUCCGUGGUCGAGAUCAUUUUGGAUCCCCUGGCGGAUCCGGGCACCAAUUUGGCGAUCAACGGCGAGAACAAUUCCACUUUCGCGCCCCCAAACGGUGGUAUAGCCGAUUGGGCCCUGGGACUAUUGAUAGCUUUGAUACUGUUACUGAUAACCUUCGGAGCCGUGUUUGUGUUCCUCCAUAUGCGUAACAAGCGUAACAAAAAGAUCAACAAGCCGAACCUGGGUAGUGAAUCGGUAUCGACCUCGAAUAACUAUGUGGAUCCCAGUUCGUUCGACACCAUACCGAUACGCGGUGGGGGCGGCGUCGUUUCCGGCGUCAACAAUCAGUUCGCGCCCCCGAAAUACGACGAAAUUCCGCCGUACGGUGCGGGACACGCCGCGAGUUCGAAUUCCGGAGCCGCAACGACGUCGGAGUUGUCGGGAUCGGAACAAUCGGGAUCGAGCGGAAGAGGAUCGGCCGAAGACGGAGACGACGGCGAGGACGAAGAGAUCAGAAUGAUCAACGAAGGGCCUCUGCAGAGAGAUUCCGGUAUACACCGAAAGAACGACGACGACAACCUGUCGGACGUUUCCGUUAGAAACACGCAGGAGUAUUUGGCGAGACUGGGGAUCGUCAACAACAACAGCGCGGGCGUGCCGCAAGUCGCUUCGAGGUUGUACCCCGACCCCAAAGCCGGAAGCAGCAAGGAUCUGCACCACCACCAAGCGGUCCCGCUGGACAUAUUCGACGAAGAGAAUAGCGCCGAAAACGACAUUACGAAUUUGAUCUACGCGAAAUUAAGCGACGUGGCCGGAAGCGACAGGGCUUCAUCAACGGACGAAGGGGCGGUAUCGAAUUCGGCCCUUGGUAACGCGAUGGAUCAAGUCAUGGUGAUGGGUGGUUACGCUGAAGUCCCCAACGUAACCCAUCAACCGUCCAUGAACGGAUCGCUGAGCUCCAUAGUGCACAGCGAGGAGGAAUUGGCCGGCAGUUACAACUGGGACUACUUGUUGGACUGGGGGCCGCAAUACCAACCCCUGGCGCACGUUUUCUCCGAAAUAGCAAGACUGAAAGACGACACCUCCUCGGUGCACAGCGGCGCCAGCGGAGCCUCGAGCAUAAAGAGCAAAAACUCCGUGGCGCCGGUGAAAAACCUGCCGCCGCCGCUGAUAACGAACGUGGCGCCCAGGUCGAUAGCGAUGCCCGUUCUGAACUCGAGGGGCGCUUCCGGCCACCACAACCUGACGAUACUGCCCAGGUCGCCCAUCAACCACGACACCGCCUGCUCGACGUUCAGCAACAGCGCCGCGAUGUCGCCCAGCUUCUCGCCGUCGCUGUCGCCGCUGGCCACCAAGUCGCCGUCCAUCUCGCCGCUGGUGGCGCCCGGCCUGCCCACCGCGCACCACGUCAUCUCGAGGCAGCCCACGCAGAGCCGGAACAAGAGUGUCGUGGACGCCGAACUGAGGAUUUAACGGUGCGUAGUGCGCGAUAGGCUGUGCUAAAGACUGAUUUUCGGGGUUGCACUUCUUCUGGCGCAUUAAGAGUUACGUUUUAGCAUGCAACUGAAGUUGGCAGCCAUAUUGGCUAGGCUAUCAAAUAAAAGGGUUUAGCGAGUAGAAAACGAUGAGGUGAGUAAACAUUUCCAACAUUUUUAACCUAUUAAAUUUUUAAAAUGUUUUUUUUAUAAAGUUUUUCAAGAUUUCCAAAAUCAUCAAAAGUAUGAUUUUUAAUUAAACCUUUAGUUACCUAUUGUAUCUUUGUUUUAUCAUCUUAUCGUUUUUCGUACUUAAAUUAAACAAAUUGCAUGCGCCCUUGUGGACAUUUUUCUCUGCAAAAGUUUUAAUAAAUAAAAAUAGGAUUCUCACUUUCUCUUCAAAUCUCGGAAUAAGACUUAUUAACUCUUGAUAAAACCU